CCCAAAAGAAGAAGGAGGCGAAGACCUGGCUCUGCUUUCUGCGGUAGCUAGCUAGUUGUUCAUGAUGAUGGAGGAGGAAGAAUUGGAAUUUGCGGAGGAUUUGGAGGCUAUUUUGCACCUUACGCCAGAGGUGCAGUUGGCCAUCGAGCAGGUUUUCCCCAGUCAAGACCCAUUGGACAGAGCAGAUUUUAAUGCUGUGGAAUACAUCAAUACAUUGUUUCCUACUGAGCAGUCACUGGCUAAUAUAGAUGAUGUGGUCAACAAGAUCCGUCUGAAGAUUCGGUGUCUGGAUGACAACAUCAGGACGGUGGUGAGAGGCCAGACCAAUGUGGGCCAGGAUGGCAGACAGGCACUGGAGGAGGCUCAGGUAGCCAUCGGCCAGCUCUUUGGCAAAAUCAAAGACAUUAAGGACAAGGCUGAGAAUCUUAAACUAAAUGUCAAGGAGAUAACGCGGGACAUCAAACAGCUGGACCAUGCUAAGCGUCACCUGACCACCUCCAUCACCACCCUCAACCACCUGCACAUGCUGGCCGGUGGCGUGGACUCUCUAGAGGCAAUGACGAGGAAGAGGCAGUAUGGAGAGGUGGCUAACCUGCUACAGGGUGUAGUCAACGUCCUGGAGCACUUCCACAAAUACAUGGGCAUCCCUCAAAUCAGACAGCUCUCAGAGAGGGUGAAAGUGGCCCAAAGCGAGCUGGGGACUCAGAUCCUGGCAGACUUUGAAGAGGCCUUCCCCGCUCAGGGGUCAAAGAGAGCAGGGGGGCCCAGUAACGUUCUGAGGGAUGCCUGUCUCGUGGCCAACGUCUUGGACCCCCGCAUCAAACAGGAGAUCAUCAAGAAGUUCAUCAGACAGCACCUCUCUGAGUACAUGGUGCUCUUCCAGGAGAACCAGGAUGUAGCUUGGCUGGAUAAGAUUGACCGGCGCUACGCCUGGAUUAAGCGUCAGCUGGUGGACUAUGAGGAGAAGUACGGACGCAUGUUCCCUGAAGAGUGGUGUAUGACUGAACGCAUCGCUGUGGAGUUCUGCCACAUCACCAGGACAGAGCUGGCCAAAGUAAUGCGGACGCGGGCCAAAGAGAUUGAGGUCAAGCUGCUUCUGUUUGCCAUUCAAAGGACCACCAACUUCGAGGGGCUGCUCGCCAAGCGCUUCUAUGGGUGCACCCUCACCGACGGGCCCGGGGUGAAGAAGCCGGAGACACCACUGGAGUCCACCAACCCUUUCCUGGAGGACGAGAUUGGAGAGGAUGGGUCAGAGAUGGAGGAGGAUCUGGAUAGGCCCAAGAAGCACAAGGCUCCUGACAACCCCUUCCAUGGCAUCAUUUCCAAGUGCUUCGAGUCUCACCUCUAUGUCUACAUCGAGUCUCAGGACAAGAACCUGGGGGAGAUGAUUGACCGUUUUGUGUCAGACUUCCGGGCGCAGGGCCCCCCCAAGGUGGGCACGGAGGACGGUGGAGCGGUGCUGCCCAGCUGUGCUGACCUGUUUGUCUACUAUAAGAAGUGCAUGGUGCAGUGCUCUCAGCUCAGCACAGGGGAACCUAUGAUCGCCUUCACCACCAUCUUCCAGAAGUACCUCAGAGAGUAUGCCUGGAAGAUACUGUCUGGAAACCUGCCCAAGACUAGCAGUAACAGUGGAGGACUGACCAUCAAGAGUCUACUGCAGGAGAAGGAGGGUUCGGAGGCWGCUAARUUCAMUGUAGAGGAGCUGUGUCUCAUCUGUAGCAUCCUCAGUACUGCAGAGUACUGUCUGGCCACAACACAGCAGUUGGAGGAGAAGCUGAAGGAGAAGGUGGAUAAGACUCUGGUGGAGAGAAUCAACCUGACUGGAGAGAUGGACACCUUCAGCAAUGUGAUCUCCAACAGUAUCCAGUUGCUUGUUCAGGACCUGGAUGCUGCCUGUGACCCUGCUCUCACUGCCAUGAGCAAGAUGCCAUGGCAGAGCGUAGAGCAUGUAGGUGACCAGAGUCCCUAUGUGACGUCAGUCAUCAUGCACAUCAAACAGAACGUCCCCAUCAUCAGAGAUAACCUGGCCUCCACACGAAAAUACUUCACCCAGUUCUGCAUCAAGUUCACCAACUCUUUCAUUCCUAAAUUCAUCAACCACUUGUUCAGGUGUAAGACUAUCAGCAUGGUGGGGGCUGAACAGCUCCUCCUGGACACCCACUCCCUGAAGACAGUGUUGUUGGAUCUGCCCUCUAUAGGGUCUCAGGUGGUCCGCAAGGCCCCAGCCAGCUACACCAAGAUAGUCGUGAAGGGGAUGACCCGCGCUGAGAUGAUCCUCAAGGUGGUCAUGGCCCCCCAUGAACCCUCUGUGGUGUUUGUGGAUAACUACAUCAAGCUCCUUGCUGACGGGAACCCAGAGACCUUCCAGAAAACUCUGGAUAUGAAGGGGUUGAAGCGCAGUGAGCAGAGCAGCAUGUUGGAGCUCUUCAGACAGAGGUUACCCACUCCACCCUCAGGGGCCGACGGAGGCCCCUCUCUCUCCUUCAGCACCCCCACCCCCGAGCAGGAGAACUCGCGCAUACGCAAACUGGAGAAGCUCAUCAAGAAGAGACUCUGAGUGUACACACACACUUACACUCACACACAUCACCAUACCACACACAAAUUAUUCCAGUAAUUCAUCUUGAAUACUUUUUCCUGCUCUGUUUAAUCAUAACAGAGAAUUGCAGGCAGAGUAAAGACAUGAUUGUCUCAUUUUUGUUAGGAGCAUUAAUAUGAACCUCAUGAUUUCAAAGUCACCUGUCGGGUUAUGAAGACAUGUCCUCAGCUGCAGAGCUGUUGGCACUUAUGACUCAUUUACUUCUGUAUUUCUUUUCUGCUUCUCUUUUUAUGACACUAAAUAACCAAGCUUUGUAAAUGUCRUUAAAUGUAGACUAUAUCAUACACACACUAUGCAUAUUAGCAAAAUGUGUUUGCA